GAAAGAGGGAGGGAGAGUCAGGAGCGGGUGACAAACCCUGAGGAAGAGAGAGAGGAGAGAGACCUGGCAGGAGAGGGAUGACUGAGAAAGCGAGGGGACUAGCAGAGAAGGGAUGAACCAAUGAGAGACCUGGAGAAGAGGAGAAAGGUGUGUGACAGCCAGGCAAGGCAGGCAAGGAGACAGGCGAGCAGGUGCAAGGAGGCAGCUGAGACACAGCAAGUGCCAGGAGCAGGAGAAGAGUAGACAGAACCAAGGUGAUGGUCAAAGAGAGUGAAGAAGUGGAGACGAGAAGAGUGCAGCCACCUAUGUAGGGGAGGGGGGAACUGGAGAAGUGCAAGACUAGGGAGUAGCACAAGUGAGGUGGUCAGGGAGCAUCCAAGCUGUGUAUAUAUCUCUAGCUGUGUAUUCACAGAUAUACAUGGAUGCUGAACGCAGGUGAGUGUACGCCUCAAGACUCAGCCACUGAGCAACAUGCAGCUCACACAAUGCUGUUUUAUAUUCCUGGUUCAAGGCAGCAUCUAUCUGGUAAUCUGUGGCCAAGAAGACUCUUCUAGUGACCCAGAUGAUGAAGAUCAGUCAGAUGCAAAGCCCAAUUCCAGGCCUCGAAUCCCCAGGAGACGGUCCCCUUCUCCAUCCCGAUCUCGUAGCUCAAGCCCCUCAAACUCCACCAUCCUACAACUUCUAUCCAACUCUCCUGAAUUUUGGGAUGUCCUGAACAGUCUUUCAGAGCUGGGCCAUAAUCCAGAACCCCCAGUUCCAGCUAGGAAUCGACGUCAGUCUGUGCUAAGGUCAACAGGAAGAGCCAAGAAAAUCUUUGGUUGGGGGGAUUUUUAUUCCAAUAUCAAGACAGUAAAGCUCAACCUUCUCAUCACAGGAAAAGUAGUGGAUCAUGGGAAUGGGUCCUUCAGUGUCUACUUUCUCCACAACUCUACAGGCCAAGGGAAUGUUUCUGUUAGUCUUGUACCACCUUCCAAAGUCCUUGACUUUGACUUGGAGCAGCAAAUGUAUGCUGAAGCAAAGGAGUCAAAAAUCUUCAAUUGUCGAGUGGAAUUUGAAAAAGUAGAUAAAGCAAUUAAGACGGGUUUAUGUCCUCAUGACCCAUCAAAGACCUGCCACCAGCAGCAAACUCGUAGCAAGGUCUCAUGGACAUGCUCUCACCCAUUCAAGAUUGUUUGUGUAUAUGUCUCCUUUUACACAACAGAUUAUAGACUAGUGCAAAAGGUUUGCCCUGACUAUAACUAUCACAGCAGCUCUCCGUAUUCACCCUCAGGCUGAAGAUAAGGAAACUGUGAGCUCAUGGCUGUGGAAUAGCCUAAAUUGGGCUAAAAUUGGGUCUAUCUUUUAUGGACUUCCUGUGCCUUGGUCUGGUCCAUUGUGGUGUAUGUAUUUGUGGAGACAGUGGACAGAAAGCUGUGUAAGUGAUGUGUUGGAUGUGAAAUUAAAACCACUUCAAUAUACAUACGUAUAUAAAUGCUAUACUGAUAUUGCCCUAUAAAAUGAACUAAUAGAUUCUCCCAGACACCAAAAAAGUAGAGGUUUGGUGGGUGCAUUAUGUCUCCAGAUACAAUGUCUUCUAGUGCAAACCCAGAUUUAUGGUAACAGCAAACUAAUCCAGAAGUAUGGUUCUGAAGAUUAUGGUAGAGCCGAGUUAAUCAGCUGACUACAAGUCCAUCCUUCAUAGCAAAUGUCCUGUGUUUUAUGUAUGAAUAUUCGGCCAACUUGUCAGUCGUUAAGUACCUUGUGACCUCGAUGUUUCAGCACCAUUGUGUCCAGCAUCAUCUCACUCUCUAAUAGAUUAGUUUUGUUCAUGUAUCUACAUCAUGAGAGUUGCCUACAUGUGUGGUGAAAAGAUGCAUAUCCUAAAAUAAAGACUAUGGAGACUGUAGAACUUCAUGGAAACAGAGAAAGACAUGUAGAA